UGAGGUGGAAACAAAAGCUUUGCAGAAACAGUCCACACAGUGCUAUUCUGCUUUUCUUCUCUCAAGUUCAUUGUAUCUUUUGGGUGGCAUCGCAGCUAUUUUGGAUUAGAGGACCAUUUCUGUUUCUGUAAUGAGUUGAGGACAGAAACGUUUUUGUGAUCACUUCCUUUAAUAAUACUACUUUGUGAGAUCAUGUUCCUCUUGUAAUACACUUUCCUCAGCACAACCCUAUUAUCUUUUCCUUGUGAGGAGAUUUUUCCUAUAACUUGUGGACAACACGUUUUCUCCGAAAAAUGUGAAGUUGCUUCAUUACCGAUAUUGGAAGUGCAUGUGGAGGGACAUUGAUUGGUGGCACUCCUCUGAGGAGGAAGGGGCGCCACAGAGUGCCCUGCUCACCUUUGAGCGAUGUCUUUGCAGGUUCCUUUUAUAACCAUUGAGUUUAGUAGAUUAUAGUUGUUCCUUGUAGUGUCUUUCUAUUUACCUGUGUACUCCUCACCUUUCUUUUGUUGCUGGUGGAAGUCAUGUUUGUCUUUCAUUAACGUUGCCUCAAAUUUCUUCUCUAUGAUUUUUUUUUUGUUCUUUACAUUCCUUUUUAAUUUUCAGCCUUUUGUGGGGCAGAUUUUGUCUUCUCUUUUUCUGGGAUUGGGGUCUUUACGGAUGCAGCCAACUCUAGCGUCCUGUCAUUUGGCGUGUGGAUGGAUCCCAGCACCUACUACAGGAAUCAACUCAGCAACAGGGUGACAGAUGUUAGACUUUGUAUGAUUUGUAAGAAAGUCAUAUGGCUGAAUCAAUACAACCAUUUUUCCCUCCUCCUGAGCAGCCAUAAUAUCUCAUCCUUAAGUUUUUAUCUGGUGUUUACUGGAUUUUCCCUUUAAGCAUUUUAGAAGACAACAGGUAAUUUAAGUUUGCUUCUUCUUUUUUUUCCCCACUAACUCGCACAUCCUGGUUGAAGAGAACAAUGUAGUGUCCAUUAUCAUGAGUUCAUUGUGACCCACCAAACUCCAGAACUAAACCUUUACUAUAUAAAUUCUAGUUAAGAAUGUCUAGUAAGACAUUGGCACUUCGCUUGGAGGGCACAAGAGAAAGAAUCAAGACAAGAGAAAGGAGCCAUGGUUAAGUGAAAUGUGGAGUUGCCAGAGUGUAAAUAAACACUCUUCACUACCAUUUCUAUAGAUGCUACUGAAUGGAAGCUGCCUUGGAAAGCUUAUUUGGAGCCAAAGCAUAUAUCAUUACAGACUAUAUGGGCAUCCGAAAUGAAAGUUUCAUGAAAUUAGCUGCAGUAGGGACCUGGAUGGGGGACUUUGUCACAGCUUGGAUGGUCACGGAUAUGAUGCUUCAGGACAAACCCUAUCCUGAUUGGGGAAAAUCUGCAAGAGCUUUCUGGAAGAAAGGAAAUGUUAGGAUCAUUUUAUUCUGGACGGUUCUGUUUACUCUCACUUCUGUGGUUGUACUUGUCAUUACAACUGACUGGAUCAGCUGGGACAAGCUGAAUCGGGGAUUUUUGCCCAGUGAUGAAGUUUCCCGAGCAUUCCUGGCUUCUUUCAUAUUGGUCUUUGACCUCCUCAUUGUAAUGCAGGACUGGGAAUUCCCACAUUUUAUGGGAGAUGUUGAUGUAAAUCUUCCUGGGUUGCACACUCCUCACAUGCAGUUCAAGAUUCCUUUCUUCCAGAAGAUCUUCAAGGAGGAAUAUCAUAUUCACAUAACAGGUAAAUGGUUUAACUAUGGAAUUAUCUUUCUUGUCCUGAUUUUGGAUCUUAAUAUGUGGAAGAACCAGAUAUUUUAUAAGCCUCAUGAGUACGGACAGUAUAUAGGCCCAGGGCAGAAGAUAUACACAGUGAAAGACUCCGAAAGUUUAAAGGAUUUGAACAGAACCAAACUUUCCUGGGAAUGGAGGUCCAAUCACACUAACCCUCGGACUAAUAAAACAUAUGUUGAGGGAGAUAUGUUCUUACACAGCAGGUUCAUAGGGGCUAGCCUUGAUGUCAAGUGUCUGGCUUUUGUUCCGAGUUUAAUAGCUUUUGUGUGGUUUGGAUUCUUCAUUUGGUUCUUUGGACGGUUUUUGAAAAAUGAGCAAGGCAUGGAGAAUCAAGACAAAACUUAUACUCGCAUGAAAAGAAAAUCACCGUCAGAACAUAGCAAGGACAUGGGGAUCACUCGAGAGAACACACAGGCCUCAGUGGAAGACCCACUGAAUGACCCUCCUUUGGUUUGCAUCAGGUCUGACUUCAACGAAAUUGUCUACAAGUCUUCCCACCUAACGUCAGAAAACUUAAGCUCACACUUGAAUGAAUCUACCAGUGGGACAGAAGCCGAUCCAGAUCCAACAACUUCUAAAAGUACACCUACGAACUAGAUUCACUUACUUGGAGACAGCACAAAAAGCAACCUUGAGUGUAACUUUAAAAAGUUAGUCUUUCCUUUUGUAAAGUUUACGUAGUGUUAGGUAAAGAAACACAAACAAUGCCACAACGGUGCUCAACAUGCUUUUUCUAGGACUCAUUGUUUUCUAUUUGUAUUAUAAUCUACGUGCCUCCUGUAUAUCUAACAGUCCUUUAGAGAUUGCUUUUCACAAUUGCACAAGCUAUUUACUGACUUUACAGCAUAGUAGAAGAUUAGCUGAUUACCCGUGUAUCUGAUGUUCAACCAUAGUGGUGCCUUGAGACAUUAAACUGUUUUUAACUGUACCAGAAAUGAAGUGUGGAACAGUUCUCUAACCUACUUCACAUGGGUUUUUUUUUUUUUUUUUGUAUACAAUUAUUUUUGAUCUACACUUGAUGUCUUAGCAGGAAACAGAUAUAGCCAAUAUGUGGCUUAGGAAGUAUCUCUUUUACCUAUUCAGCAGUGGAGUUGGUGACUCUGACAGCAGGAUUGCAGAGAGGCAUGGUGAUUGCCUUUGAAUUUGUAUUGGCUAUCUGCCAAAUACAAAUACAGAUUCAAAAUUCAGUAAUAGGAGAACCAUAAUCCAGCAUGGGUCACUACUUGUGAAAUGUGACUUUCUCCAACCAGUAAUUGCAAUUAGAUGAUAAUACCUAAUUAUGUUUUCCUAAUUAAAGAUAAAUUGCUACUUGAUUAAAAAUCCUGCCCUUCACCUAUGGGAACAAAGGUUAAGAGGCACAGUUGGAUGAACUCUCAAACUUAUUGGCAUUUACACAAAGCUCUAGAAAACCAAGGAACUGAAGUUUUAAUCAUGUGAAGGUUGUACAGCCUACUAUCUACAAUAUUUGUACAUCUUUCUGUAAAUAUGGCUCUGGACAAUGAAAAUUGAACAACCUAUGCCAACCCUGAAUAAGGGAACUCCUCUAAAAAUUAUGCAGCAGAACCUUGUGAGGUAGAAAAAGAAGUGCAUGAAAGAAUCUGUUUAGUAGCUUGUUUUGUGUGUUUUUUGUUGUUUUUUUUAAGAAUUAAACAUCAUACAUUAAUAAAUAUGAAUUAUACAUCA